AUGAAUUAGAAAUGCUUUAGCUUUGGUCAUAACCAAAGAUAGAUUGAAUUCGUUUGUAUACAAGCAAAAGAAAUGCUAUGGGGUUGCUCCAAGUGUUUUGAGUAAAAUAAAGUCCAAUAUAACUUUAAGCCUAUUGUUUAGAUCUAGAAAAUUUUAAACUAAGCAAUUCAAGAAAUCAAAAAUAGUAAUUGUCUCUAAGAAAUUUAAAACCAAAAAAGUCUAUUUGAUUAAGCUAUAGAUUAAACAAAUAAAAUUUUCAUUCAAAAUAUAAACCUUUUAAAAUAAUCCUUUGAACUUCAAUAUAAGGAAGUGUUUGAUUUUCUAACUUUUGUGAAUAAUUUUUCAGCAGAUAACUUAGACUCUGUGAGUAAUGAAAACUCAAAAUACCUCCUAAUUGUAAUGAAUUAAAAAAAAACUAUUUAUGACAAAUUUGAAGUUUAAGCAGCAUUAACAAUUAAGAAACUAGAGGCAAUUAAAAAUGUUAUUAAGAAAAAUAUCAAUGAAGUUUUUGAUUAGGGAUGCCAAUAUAUACUAGAUGGCUUGAAUUAUAAAUAUGACAUGCCAAUUGAAUUUAGAUAGUAAAUCUAAAACCUUAAAAUUCCACUAGAAUAUAAUGUCUAUGAUCAUCCUGAUCUCACAUAUUCUAUGGAUUAUAAAUUGGAUAAUGAAGUCUACUAUUCUGGUCAAUUUUGCAAUAACUAGAUAUAGGGAAUUGGAGUAUUAGAAUUGAAAAAUUAAAAUAUCAUUUAUUAUGGAGCAUUUAUUGAAGGUCAUUUCUCAUAUGGAAUAAAGAUCAAACUAGCCCAGAAUCAAUUAUUUUAGGGACAUUUCUGUUAAGGAUAAAAUCAAUUUGAUUAUUGUAUUGAUUAAUGUGGAAUAAUGAUUUUGGCUAAUGUAGAGAGGUAUAAGAUUAUCGUUAUUCAGAUAUGAUGGGAGCUUCAAAAAUGAAUAGUAGGAAGGAUAUGGAAUAACUGACAAAAAGAAUAAAGAUUCGUAUUAAUUUAUAAUUAAUAAAUAGGUAUUGUGGUUUUUGGAAGAAUGGUAAGUACGAAGGACAAGGGUGCCUGAUUAGUGAGGAAUAUGGAUAGUAAUAAAUUAUUAAAUUAUCGAUAGAGUUGAAGGGAUAUUCAAGGAUGGCAAGCUCAAUGGGAAAGCAAUUUUUAAGAAUGCUUAAGAGAGGUAAGAAAAUUAAUCAUAAUUGAUAUGAGGGCGAAUUUAAAGAUAACCAAAAGGAUGGAUUUGGGACCUUAGAGAAUUUCGUGGAAAACACUAUAUAUUAUGGAUAAUUUAGGAACGGAAAGAAAAAUGGAUAAGGAACUCUCAAAGUUUCAGAUGAAAAAUAGUACUUUUAAUUAAUAGGUAGAUUCGAUGGUACUUUCAAAGAUGAUAAACUUUGUGGAAAGUGCACUGAAACAACGAAAGUAAUGGUAGUAGUAGAUCUAAAAUAGAAGUUAUCAGAAACUAUAGAAGAAGGUGAAUUUAAGGAUGGAGUUAAAGUAGGAGUUUUUACUUCAAUAACCACUUGCAAUAAAAUAAAGACAGAGUAAAAAAUUAAAUGAUUGAUAGGAAAACAAAAUACUAUGAAGAUGGCAACUUGAUAUAUGAGGAUGAACAUGAACAUGAGACUUGAU